AUGGUGGUCCACUUUUUCCACCAAAAUUUUUAUUCCUUUUGUCCUGUGAAGUUUUCCGUUUCAGUGCCACCGGCGGUAUCACGCGGUACUCCGUCGGCUGUCGAGGUCCGGGAAGGCCAUAAUGUGACGUUGACGUGUAAAGCGGAAGGGAAUCCAAUGCCCACUGUGGUCUGGCGUCGUCAGGACAAACAAAUCAUCCGAUACAACGGAGCCACCGGAUUUGGAGCUAGCGUUUUUCAUGGUCCAAGCCUCCAUCUGACCAAAGUCAAUCGGAAACAUAUGAGCGAAUACGUUUGUGUUGCCAGUAAUGGAAUUCCACCCGACGAAACAUGGACCGUAAAACUACUCGUCACAUUCGCUCCACUGAUCCAAGCCAAGUCGGCAUCAGUCCGUGUUCCCGUGGGUGGUUUGGCCCGUCUUGUCUGUACAGCUGAAUCAUGGCCGAGACCCGAUGUCACGUGGGACAAAGAAGGACAACAAAUCUUUGAUUCGGAUAACUAUGCUACGUCUCAAACUGUCUCUGGCCAAUAUCACAGUGUUCACGUUCUCGAAAUUCGACGUGUCGAAAAACAUCAUUACGGAAGUUACCGGUGUACCGCUCGGAAUGAUAAUGGUAUACACUUCGCCGACAUCGACCUCGAAGGUUUGUCCUCACCGCUUUAUACAGUUUUCUACCCACAUGAUUAUUUUUUAUAA